CGAUAACCGAGCAGUCUCCAAGCCUUCGCCAUGAUCCUGAGGAACGCCCCCGUGCGGCAUUGCCGCCACACAUUGGCGUCUCCCAUCUCCAGGUCCCUCGCCCGGCAAAUGUCCACUCAGGUCACCACAAAGACUGAGACCACAUCCGAAGAGUGGAAGACAACCCAGGCCGCUGUUGCGCCUCCGAAGAUUGUCUCAGCGGCACGAAAGAAGCAGCGAAUUGUGCAGGACGGUAUUCUUUCUCUCAGGACUAACUCGGCGCACGAGCACAGGGGUGCUGCUUGGACAACACCUCACUCCAACUCAAACUCGGCGGUACCUGCGACGCCUGCUCAGCAGUAUAAGGAAUGGCAAAGAAUUCAGGCCAACACACGGAGUCUCGGUUCAAAGCUGGAGAAGCGAUAUAUUCCCACUGAGCUUGUCAACAACCCCCCUGGACCUGAGGAUAUCACUCUAGAGAUGUUGAUGGCUUCACAAACACAUAUUGGACACAAGACUUCGCUCUGGAACCCCGCGAACUCUCGAUACAUCUACGGCGUGCGACAAGGUGUUCACAUCAUCUCUCUGGAAACGACCGCAGCACACCUGCGACGUGCGGCCCGUGUGGUGGAGGAGGUAGCAUACAAGGCUGGCCUCAUUCUCUUCGUAGGAAACCGCAAGGGUCAGAUGGAGAUUGUUACUCAGGCUGCUGAGAUGGCUGGUGCUUGUCAUCUGUUCACCAAGUGGACCCCUGGGGCCAUCACCAAUCGAGAUGUUAUUCUGAAGAUGGCCGGAACAAAGGUUGUGGACCACAAGGACCAGGAACUCCCCGGGUUUGAGUCCUACAGAGGUUCGGCUCGACCGCUGAUGCCUGAUCUGGUUGUUUGCUUGAACCCCCUUGAGAACUAUACCCUUCUUUAUGAGUGCGGUCUUAAGAGCAUUCCUACGAUUGGCGUUAUUGAUACCAACGUAGACCCAUCAUGGGUGACUUAUACCAUUCCUGCUAACGAUGACAGUCUGCGAGCGAUGGCUGUUGUUGGUGGUGUCCUAGGCCGAGCUGGUCAAAGAGGUCAACAGCGACGUAUGGCAGAUGCUAAGAAGAAGAACAUGGCGACGUGGGAAAAUUCUCCUGAUAUCGUACAGCACAUGAACCGCGAGAAGAAGGCUGCUCUUGCUGAGCGCAAGAAUGUCAUGGGACAGAUGCAACACAACCUUGAGGGAUUCAAUGAGGAGGAACAGAAGAUCUUAAGGGAGGGGCUCUACGGUGACGAGCUUGAGGUUACCGAGAGCGAGAUGGUUGACAUGAUGGGAGAGGCUGCCCUAGGAGCUGCAAAGGAGGUUGCCGCUCAGGCGCUGUCUGCAUUGCCUGAGGAACCCGCUAGCUCCGGCCCUGAGUCUCCUGUGCAGGCUGCUGCUCCUGGAGUAGUGGCUGAGCAAACAUCCUCCCCUGAGGUCGUGGUUGAGGCUCAGGCUAAGUCUACCACCUCAUCGCCUGAACAGCCUAUUGCCUCCGACGCAGCCACUUCACCUCCUGAGCAACCCGCUGCACCAGAGGUAGUAACCGAUGUUCAGUCCGAGAUUAAGCCAGCCGAAUCAGCACAGGAUUUUAGGCUAGCGAACAUUGAGGAUCAGUUGUCAGGACUAAAGAAUGCGGCCGAGGCGAUCGAGGCCGAUAUCAAGAGCGGUAAGCAGUAGAAAAGCUGUGUACAAUAUUGAGAUGUAUAAUAGCCUAAGGGAGGGAUAGAGUAUGAAAGCGAUGUAAGCUGGAAUGAAUAUAUAAAAAUGCAUUGUUAUGUAUCA